CUUCAUCCUUUAAUUAAUAUAAACUAAGCUUUGAAGAAGCAAAAAAAUAUGGGUUCCAAGGCAUUUCUAUUUCUUGGCCUUUCUUUGGCUAUUUUUGUAAUGAUAAGCUCAGAAGUUGUAGCGAGGGAGUUGGCUGAGACCUCAAUGGAGGAUAACAAGGAUGUCGAACAGUACAAUUGUGGUGUAAACUCUGGUGGUGCAACUAACCGCCUAGGUGGCGGUUAUGACAACGGAUAUAAAUCUCCCCGGGAUGGAUAUAGACCCCCACAUGACAAAUAUCACGAUGAAUAUAAAUCCCUGGAUGGCGGAUAUAAAUCCUCAUAUGGAGAGUAUAACAAUGGACCAUAUGAAAAUUAUAACAACAGAUAUAAAUUCCCCAAAAGUGGAUAUAAACUCCCAUUUGGCCAAUAUAACAAUGGAUAUAAAUUCUCUGGUGACGGAUAUAAUCCCUCACAUGAUGGAUAUAACUCUCUACAUGGCGAGCAUAAAUUUUCAAAUGACGGAUAUAACCCCUCACAGGAUGGAUAUAACUCUUUAGAUGGCGAGUAUAAAUCUCCACAUGACGGAUAUAAUCGUUAAGUGACUAUCCAAUUCUCGCAACAAAGCAACAUGUAUUAUUAUAAAACUCUCGUACGUAUAUAGUGGCAAGAUCAAUACUAGUAAUAGUCUUGCUACUUAAGACCUUGUUGUAAUAAUUAAGUAUGAAUAAAACAACAUUCAGUGGCCAGUGCA